AGAGAGGGAGGCGGGAAGGCAGCUAUUUGGAGCCAGACCCACUCCUCUUGCAGCUAGGAGCAGAGGGGCUGGGUAGCUAGCCCGGUCAGUGGCAGGGGCGGAGCCAAACUUACUCUACAGGCUUUACAGGCAAACCAGCUGGAGCAUCAGGCUGCGGAUGAGAAAGGGGGAAGGGGAAAGUCUAAGCUAUAGGGAGACACGUGGAGUUCUCAGCUGCUAGAAGUGAACUGUAAUGCUCAAAGCCGGUGCUACUGAGUCAGAGCAGUUUUCCAGGCUCUGAACUUACCAGCCGAAAGAAAGAGGAGAGGGAAAUCUCACCCAAGGGAAAUCACAGGGGUAGCUCUCAGCUCAAGAAAUCUUCUCUGGGACCAUGCAGAUGGUCACUCCAACCAGUGGGAAUGGGGGCUUACCAGAUCUGGGCUAGCCAGCAUGGUUGUGGCUGAGAUGGGAUGCAAACCUGCAAUGUUUCUGGAUCGGAGUCACAGUGUACCAAUGUUGUGAUCAUAAAAAGAGAAAGAGCUCUUGCUGGCUCUCUGCAUAAAACAUAGCUGGAAGGCUCAGUUCCUGGCUUUGCUCAUUGAAGAGUGGUGACUAGCUAGAGCAUUCUGGUUUCAUAUUCUGGUGGAACCCUCAGAUCUGUGAGGAUGAGCCUACAGUCCACACCCACACUCCUGCAGCUAGCAAUGCAGAAUCUGCUGAGGGACGAGGCCUUGGCCAUCUCUGCUCUGCAGCACCUGCCCGUGGAGCUCUUCCCACCACUCUUCAAGGAUGCCUUCACCCACAAACGAUUUAACAUCCUGAGGAAGAUGGUGCAAGUCUGGCCUUUUCCCUGUCUCCCACUGGGUGGUCUGAUGAAGAUGAAGGCACCGUACCUGGAUAUCUUACAAAUCGUACUGGAUGGGAUUGAUGCACUACUUGACCAGAAUAGUCACCCCAGGAGUUACAAACUGCGAGUUCUGGAUUUGCGGGCUUUGCACAAGGACUUCUGGACUGUGUGGGCUGGAGAUACGACAGCAUCUUGCACUCCAGGGGCCAAGUAUAAGAGAAAAAUACAAAGGAGAGGUCCAAAAAUAGUAGCCCAGCCAAACUCAUUGAAAGUGUUCGUAGACCUGUGCCUCAAACCAAGAGCCUUGGAUACAUGCCUGUCCUUUGUCUUCCAGUGGGUAAGAGAGAGGAAAGCUUUACUGCAGCUUGGCUGUAAGAAGCUGAAGAUCAACACGGUAGCUAUCCAGAACGUCGUGAAGGUUCUGGACAUGCUGGACCUGGACUGUAUGGAGGAAGUGGAAGUGUGCUGCACCUGGAAGCUGUCUACUCUGGCUACCUUUGCUCCUUACCUGGGCCGAAUGACAAAUCUCCUCUCGUUCAUUCUCUCUCACAUCCACGUGCCUGCCUCUAUUACCCCCGAGGAAAAGAAGCAGUUGGUGAGCCAGUUCACCUCCCAGUUUCCCAACCUCCGGUGCCUCCAGGACCUCUCCCUGGACUCUGUCGGCUUCCUCAAAGACCAGAUGGACCAGGUGUUCAGGUGCCUAGAGGCCCCUUUGGAGAUCCUCUCUAUCACUGAUUGCCAGCUGUCAGAAUCAGACUUGAAGUCCCUGUCCCAGUGUCCAGGCAUCCGGCAGCUCAAACACCUGAACCUGAGUGGUGUCAUUCUGACCAACAUAAGUCCUGAGCCCCUUCGAGUCCUGCUGGAGAGAGUUGCAGCCACCCUGAAGACCCUGGACUUGGAGAACUGUAUGAUUAUGGACUCCCAGCUCAAUGUCUUCUUGCCUGCCCUGAGCCAAUGUGUUCAGCUUAUCAUGUUCAACUACUUAAGGAAUCCCAUCUCAGUGGCAGUUCUGGAGCGCCUGCUCUACCACACCUCCAAGCUGAGCUACUUAAGCUUGGAGAUGUAUUCUACCCCUUGGGAGAUUUAUGGGGCCCAGAGUGCUUCCCACCAUAAGAGGCUAGAUCAGCUUAGAGAGGAGCUGAGCAAGACCAUGAUGCAUCUAGAACACAACAGAACGGUCUGGUUCAGCGUUGCACCCUGCCUUCCUUGAGGCAACCAGGCCAUGUGAGUCAGGGCCCAAGCUUCAUCAGGCAGGGCUGCUCCCCUAACUGGGUACUUACGUGGCAGGCAAGUGAUUCCUUCUAGCUCUUGGGAACAGAAUCCUCUGGUAUAGAUGAAUCCUGUAGAAAACACAGAACAUGUGAUCUCAGGGUUGGGGGGUGGGCUUGGGGAUGGGCAUGAGGAUGGGGAAUCUAUUGGUUGACCAGCAAAGGCAGCCUCAGAAAUGUUGACCUAAAAAAUUGAUAUCCUUUGGGACAUGUGUAUUUAGCAAUAAUAUAGGAAGUUUCUAGCUAAAGAAACCCUUGAGGGUGUUUACUUCAUGGAUGGGGGGCAGGGGGAGAAGUUGCCAGUGUGUUCUUCCCCACUUCAGGCUAUAGGGUAAAAGGAAUACACCAUUUUACAGCUUGGCAGGCCCAAGUAGCCACUGGCAGUCACCACCUUAAUCUCCAGCUCUGAGCCCUAGAGAAUUUGCCCACCAGCAGUCCCAUCUAUCCAAGAAGGCCACAAUUAGGCUCAGAGGGCAGUGUCAGUGUAGAUUCUAAAUAACCUCACUGAGAGGAAUGCAAAGAGCUUCGAGGUGGUGCUGUCAGGUGCUGAGGACCACCACAAACAAAGUGGGAAGGGAUAG